GCGUCCAUUCAUCGUUCGAUCUCGCAUACUUUCCAAGUUAACAAGAAUCAAGAAUUAUGGUUUUGGUUGUAAAUAUCAAUCGCAGGGUUUUUAGUUCAGAAGCUGUUUCGACUCCUUCCAAAGAAGCGAUCAUCUCCACCCAAUCCAGUCUCUCCGAUGUGCCUCCGGUUACGCCUCCACCGGAGGCAGCACCUCAGGCAUCUGGAAGAAAAUCGUGGGGUUUUCUCAAGUACGGACCUUUUGCCGCUCUCACUGGGAUUUCUGGCUAUGCUGGUUACGCGACUUAGGCAUAGGCAUCUGAUGAAAUAGAUGAGAAGACGAAAGAAUUCUGAGAAUCGGUCAACUUUAAAGCUGGUGAAGAUGUUUCUGCUAUUGAUUUCCUGCUAAAUCAAUUGAGCUAUACUUGGAUUUGAGGAGGCUAGUGGAAGGGCAAGUUCAGGGCUGCACUGAACCAACCUCAGAUAAGCUUCUUCCUGAUUGGCAUCCUGCAGGGCAACAUGUUUUCACACUUGUCCUGGAUCUAAAUGAGACAUUACUUUAUACUGAUUGGAAGCAUGACAGAGGCUGGCGAACAUUUAAGGGACCUGGAGUUGAUGCCUUCUUGGAACAUCUUGGAAAGUUCUACAAAAUUGUUGUGUAUUCUGACCAGCUUAAUAUGGUUGGAUCACAAUCAUUAUAUCCGGUAUAGGCUAUCAAGGGGUGUAACCAAGUAUCAGGAUGGCAAGCACUAUAGAGGUUUAUCAAAGCUUAACAGAGAUCCUGCCAAGAUUCUAUAUGUGAGUGGGCAUGCAUUUGAUUCUAGCCUUCAGCCCGAAAACUGUGUCCCAAUUGAACCAUGCAUAUAAGCUCGAGGCAGAUGAUGCUGCACUGUUGGAUCUUAUUCCAUUUCUUGAAUACGUUGCCCGUAAUAGUCCAGCUGACAUAAGAGCAGUCCUACAAUCUUAUGAAAGAAAAGAUGUUGUGAAGGAGUUCCUUGAGCGCUCUAAAGAGUAUCAAGGUGAACCAUUUUUUGAGCGGCAUUUUCAUUCAGAGCAUUGUUCAUGCAGGAGGAUGCAAGAACAGAGUCGGCUGCAAAGUCCUUUCUGGUAUCAUUGAGGGCAGAGCUGCCGUAUGGUUCUGGAAUUUGAGUUCUUUCCGGAGGAUAAAACGGAUGACAAUUGACAUUACUGUAGAAAUCUCCUAGCUUGUUUUGGCCAAACGGUAGCCUUUUGCAAUUAAGAUCACACAAUUUUGAAAAGCCUUCUUGACUUCAUCUCUGAUCAAAACCUGUAAUCCGGGUAAUAAAAUUUAUAUACACCAUAUUCUUUCCUUAUACAUCUGAUCAAUCGGAAAACAAAAAUUUUGGCUACAU